AACGAUUUAUUCAUAUUUCAUAAUUUUGAUUAAUUUACCAGUACGACAGCUAACGACAAUAUUACACAAUACACUGCUCUAAAUACUUAGAGUAAUACUUGUCUCUGAGCCGGAUUUGUCAUUCGAUUCUUUUAAUUCAAAUGUUAUAAAUAACGAAUUUCUGAAAAUAAUUAAUGGAUCCUAAUAUUCCAAAUCAUUGCCCAGGCACUGAUAGCUCAUCUGCCGGUCUAGUAUCUGCAUGUCAAGGAUGUCCAAACCAAAAUAUUUGUGCAUCUGGUAUAACUCAACUUCCUGACCCAGCUUUAGAUGUGUUAAAACAUCGACUGUCUUCAGUGAAAUAUAAAAUACUAGUACUGUCUGGGAAAGGUGGUGUGGGCAAAAGUACAUUCACAUCGUUAUUAGCUAGAGUAUUGGCUAACGAAAAUGAACAGAAAAAUAUUGGAGUCUUAGAUGUUGAUAUUUGUGGACCAUCACUUCCUCUUAUGUUUGGUGUUCAAGAUGAAAAUAUACAUCAAAGUGGAUCAGGAUGGUCUCCUGUGUUUGUUGAAGAAAAUUUAUCAAUCAUGUCUGUUGGAUUUUUGCUAGAAAGUAAGGAUGACGCUGUAAUUUGGAGAGGUCCCAAGAAAAAUGCUAUGAUCAAACAAUUUUUAACUGAAGUUGAUUGGGGUGACACAUUGGAUUAUUUGAUUGUUGAUACUCCACCGGGAACUUCUGAUGAACACCUUUCAUUAGUACAAUUCCUUAAAUCAACUGAUAACUUUUCAGCAGUGGUCGUAACCACUCCUCAAGAAGUGUCUUUAUUAGAUGUCCGCAAAGAAUUGGAUUUUGCCAGAAAAGUUGGAUUACCUGUAUUGGGUGUGGUUGAAAAUAUGUCUGCUUUUGUUUGUCCUAAAUGUAAAGUGACAUCUGAAAUAUUUCCAAGAAACACUGGGGGUGCUGCUCAGAUGUCUCAUGAAAUGGGUGUUCCAUUCCUUGGAUCAGUCCCGUUAGAUCCUUCGUUAGGACAAUGUUGUGAUGAAGGUGUCAACUUUAUUCAAAAAUAUGCUAGAUCACCAACAGUUGUGGCUAUUAAAAAUAUCGUCGAAAAUUUAACCAGGAAUUUACAAUCAAUUUGAUAGAGCUACGAACUGUGAUAUGUUUUUAAAUUUAUAAUUUAUUAUAAUAAUACACUUUAAAUAUUUGUCAACAAAAUAAAUCCGAGUUGUUUUCUGUUUUAGAAACUGUUAUAAUUAUAAUAUAGAAAAUAAAAAUUAUUUUGUAAUGACAAAAAAUAUAUUUUUAUAAUUAUGCAUUUUGAUA